UUCCUUCAUUAGAUUUUUAUUUAUUUUCUUCGCCGUCAUCGGCUCUUAUGGGUUCUGAAGAAGUUGGGGAAUGUGAACAGCUACAGUCGAGCAGACAUCUCAAUGAUAGUGGAAUUAGUGCAGUUGGUAGGCGAAUGUCUAGGCAAGACUCUCACCACCACAAAAGAGCUCAUAUUUCUAGUACAUGGCUAGAACGAGUAUUUCAACGCCGUGAAUGUAUUAAAUUUAUACCUGCCGACGAUCACUCUGAUCGUUGUUGUUGUGGGAGAGUUAGUGCCGAACAUUCCCAACUUGCUCUUUCCCGUUUUACAAGUUCGGUAGUUACUCGAGGAGCGCGUUUUCACUUGUCCUCUGCUGGUCAAAGUUCAGGCAAUUGGACAAUUGGAACUUGUACUGCCUGUACUCCUACAGAUGCUUAUGGAACUGUGGAAUUUCAAGGUGGAACACACGUACACAAGGCUCGUUAUCUGCGUCUAUCCUUCGAUUCAGACCCUGCCGACAUCAUGAACCUUAUGGAAAGAUUGUGGGGAUUGGAAAGGCCUCGACUGGUUAUUUCUGUACAUGGAGGCACUUCUGAUUUUAAUGUACCAGAAAAAUUGGGAAGAGUCUUUCGAGAAGGUCUUCUGAAAGCAGCAGAAACAACUGGCGCUUGGGUAUUAACCUCUGGAUUGGAUUCUGGUGUAGUUAAACACGUUGCUAAGGCAUUGGAUGAAGCUGGAAUUUCUGCUAGAAUGCGUUCACGUAUAGUCACUGUCGGAAUCGCUCCAUGGGGAAUGCUCCAACGCCGAGAACAAUUAAUUGGACAUGACACACACGUUGUUUAUGACCGUCAAAAUUCAACUAAUACUCCAAUAAUUUCCCCUUCUAACGAAAGAGGAGAAUCGCCAAAAACAACUUUUGGGGGAGUUCCUUUAAAUGAUCGAGGCUCCUAUUUUCUGCUCGCCGAUAAUGGAACAUCUAAUCGUUAUGGAGCAGAAAUUGUUUUGAGGAGAAGAUUGGAAGAGUUUUUAGCUAAAAAUGUUGGAGAGAAUAGAAGAAGAAUACCUACAAUUUGUGUUGCUUUAGAAGGGGGAAUAUGUACAUUAAAUGCUAUUUAUAGAUGUCUUCUUGGACAACCGCCUAUUCCUGUAAUUGUCUGUGAAGGAAGUGGUCGCGUUUGUGAUCUACUUGCAUUAGGUGUUCGACAUUUUGGUGAUAAUGGUAAAUUACCUCCGAAAAUGCGUGCUCAUUUGUUAGCUCUGGCAGGAAAGCUUACUGUUAAUAAUGUGAAUCCUUGUAACUCACCAGAAGCCUUACUUUACCGUAUUUCUCAGUGUGUAGAGAAAAGGAAUAACUUGUUAACAGUCUUCCGCGUCCCAGAGAACCAUUUACAACAUUUCCAACCGGACGAACACAAAAUGGAUAGAGUUAUACUUCGUGCCCUGUUGCAUGGACAGGACUUAACCCCAGUAGACCAGUUAUUACUAACUUUGGCUUGGGGACGUGAGGAUAUUGCCAAAAGUGAAAUCUUUAACAAAUCUAGUUUGUACCCUUCAGAUCCUGACUGGUUAAUUCAACCAAUGAUGGAGGCUCUAUUGUCUUCUAAAGUUGAAUUUGUUCGUUUAUUUUUAGAGCAAGGUCUGUCUCCUAGACGGUUUUUAACUUUCCAACGACUUGAAUAUUUAUAUAAUGCUGUCCCUUCAUUGUUAAUACCCUUAAUGUCCAGCAGUAAUCAACAGCCUAAAGGCGGAUCAAUCCAAGGCGGAAAAUCUGCCUUCUCUCUACCGGAAAUAGGGGCAGCUAUAGAACGCUUAAUGGGAAAUGCCUUUCGCUCCACCUACACAACCAGAACAUUUAAAUUACGGUAUGAACGCGCAAAAUCGUUGUCUGGCCAAAAACAAUUUUUUAAAACGAGUCAAUCAAAACAACUUUCUUCAUUACAAAUGUGUUUGUCUGGGAGUAGUGACUAUGGAGAGGAGGGGCUCAAACAGCCUAAGCGCAAAAGUGCUCUAACAAUGUCUCCACUUGGCUGGGAAGAGGAAGGAGACACAGGCACAAAUUCUAGCAAUACUCAAAAACACCCAGAAUUUUCUUUUCCGUUUAAUGAACUAAUGCUUUGGGCUGUUUUAACAAAAAGACACGAAAUGGCCAAAUUGUUUUGGCAACAUGGAGAGGAACCUUUAGCUAAAGCUCUGGCUGCUAUUAGAUUAUAUCAGGGCUCCGAUUCCCCUGGAUUAUAUAAAUGUAUGAGUAGGGAGGUGGCUCAUGAUUAUGCCGAAAUGGAAGUUAGUAACCAGUUGAGGGAGUGCGCGCAGGAAUUUCGUGAUUAUUCGUUGGAAUUAUUAAAUCAUUGUCAUGAACAAGACCAAAGAAUGACUAUGAGAUUAUUAGGUGCAGAAUUGCCUAAUUGGGGGCAACAAUCUUGUCUUUCAUUGGCUGUUAUUGCUAACAAUAAGAGAUUUCUUGCCCAUCCUUGUUGUCAAAUUUUGCUUGCUGAAUUGUGGCAUGGUGGUCUACGUCUUAGAAACCAAUCAAACAUCAAAGUAAUUCUUGGCCUUUUAUUGCCACCAAGCAUUCUUCUUCUCGACUUCAAAACACCUUUGUAUACCUCAAAUACCGAAAGAAACAAUCAUUCAACAUUUAUUGGUUCAUUAGAGUCUGAAAGGCCUCUUUUGGGAAAUGAUUGUGUUGGCGAUGAUAAUUUGAAGGAAAUGGUAGAUGACGCUUCUUUUGAGAAGGUAAAAGGGCGAUGCCAUUAG